GCUCGACGCAGCAGCGCGGAGGAUGAGCUGCUGCCUCCGCGCGCACAGAGGGACAACUCAGCGUAAACACUCACGGACAACGUGAAGAGAGGAGUGGAGGGAGAGGGCAACUUUUACUGAGAGGACACAGACACCGCUCGUUUCCUCUGGAGAGUUUAUUUGUUUGUUCGGGAACAAAGGGGUGAUUUUUGGACCAUCAUGCCCGCUGAGGUGAAACAGGAGCAGAGCCCCAGUAACGCCACAUCCCUGGCUAUGAUGCAGGAGCCACAGGAGGUGGUGGAGGAGACGGUUACCAUAGAGGAGGACCCCGGCACCCCCACCUCCCAUGUCUCAGUGGUCACCUCUGAUGACGGAACUACGCGGCGCACAGAGACCAAGGUAACUAAGAUGGUAAAGACAGUAACCACUCGGACAGUGCGUCAGGUACCUCUUGGCCCAGAUGGAUUGCCCUUGCCUGAGGGGACGUCUCCAUUGAGUAGCUACACCGAUUCCAUUGAUAGACGUUACUUGAAGAAUGGAAGUGACCGCUUCAUAACGCCUCAAGCAACCUCUACUCUGACGCGCGCCUAUAACAACUCUUAUGACUCAUAUGGCGAGACACCUGAGAGCCAAUAUAUUCGCCACUAUGGUCUGCAUGAUGGAUAUGCUGAUUUGACAGACAACUAUGGUAGCCUGUCUCGUGGGGUCAAUUUCCGGCCACCGCGCUAUCCCUACAUGCCCAACAGUUACAGGCCAGAAAACAGCUACACACUGCCUAUUCGUAAGGAUGAUUAUGGUCAUGUGGCACAGCCACAGGUGCCAAUGGGAAGCAGCAAUGUGGAUCUAAACCGUUCACAACCGGAGCGCUUCCAGCCAGAGCCUUAUGGCUUAGAGGACGAUCGUCGUAGUUUGGGGCCUGAAGAUGAAGAACCGUAUGAGCUGGAACCUGACUAUUCCACUGCCAAUCGCCGCACCCUGCCGGGGCACAACAGGGGUCGCACUCACAGGGAACCUCUUCGUGAUAUGCACAGAGUCAGAGUGUAUCCAGAUGACCCCGUUGAGGCAGAGCUGAUUGAUGAGCGCCACCCUUACAUCCAUGGCAUGUAUUCAGCACCACUUGCUCAGCCCGAGAGGGGGAGCAUGGCCAGUCUAGAUAGAAUGGGUGGCCGACGUUCGCCUUCCAUUGACAGCAUCCGCAAGGACCCACGCUGGCGGGACCCUGAUCUCCCGGAGGUCAUUGCCAUGCUCGGCCAUCCUAUUGACCCAGUCAAGUCCAACGCUGCUGCCUAUCUGCAGCACCUGUGCUAUGAGAAUGAUAAAAUUAAGAAGGAUGUGCGCCAACUAAAGGGGAUCCCUGUUCUUGUGGGGCUUUUGGAUCAUCCCAAGUCUGAAGUUCACCGCAAGGCUUGUGGCGCUUUGCGGAACAUCUCCUAUGGCAAAGACAAUGAGAACAAAGUGGCCAUUAAGAACUGUGAUGGCAUCCCAGCUCUUGUCCGUCUGCUGAGGAAGACCAACGACAUGGAGGUUCGAGAGCUCAUCACAGAAAUGUGAGCUCAGACGGUGCAGAGGCUCGGCGCAGACUGAGGGAGUGUGAGGGGUUGGUUGACGCUCUGCUGCACGCUCUUCAGUCGGCCGUCGGGAAGAAAGACAUGGACAACAAGUCUGUUGAGAAUUGCGUCUGCAUUAUGAGGAACCUCUCCUACCAUGUCCACAAAGAGGUACCAGGGGCUGAAAGGUUCCAGGAUCCAUCGGCACUACAGGCCCCUGGAUCAGCAGGACCACAGAGGAAGAAGAAAGACGAUGCCGGCUGCUUCGGAGGCAAGAAAGCCAAAGAGGAAUGGUUUAAUCAAGGUAGAAAGAGUGGUGAAAACGACAAAAACUUUGACACGUUGGAUCUACCCAAGCGCACAGAGCCGUCCAAAGGCUUUGAGCUGCUGUACCAGCCAGAAGUGGUCCGGCUGUACCUUUCUCUGCUGACGGAGAGCCAGAACUAUAACACCCUGGAGGCAGCUGCAGGAGCUCUGCAGAACCUCAGCGCUGGACAGUGGACUUGGUCCAACUAUAUCCGAGCCACGGUGCGGAAGGAGAAAGGACUGCCCAUCCUGGUGGAGCUGCUGCGCUCCGAUUCAGACAAGGUGGUCCGAGCUGUGGCCAUCGCCCUGCGAAACCUGUCCAUCGACCGCCGCAACAAGGAUCUGAUCGGAAGUUAUGCCAUGCGGGACUUGGUGAGCAACCUGCCCAGCGGUCAGCAGCGACCAGCCAAGAACCUGGAGGAGGACACCGUGGUCGCCAUCCUCAACACCAUUCAUGAGAUAGUCACGGACAGCUCUGAAAACGCUCGCUCCCUCAUCCAGGCCCAGGCCAUCGAGAAGCUGGUCGCCAUCAACAGGACAAGCCAAUCAGCUCGUGAAACAAAGGCGGCGUCCCACGUGCUGCAGACUGUUUGGAGCUACAAGGAGCUGAGGAACGCUUUGACCAAGGACGGCUGGAACAAAAGCCACUUCCAGCCCGCUGUGACCGUCACCCCUAAAGCUACCAAAAAUGGCAAACCAGGCUAUGAUGACACCACUCUGCCCCUGAUGGAGAAGAACCAAGAUGGUUACACCACCAUUGACCAGAGGGCCAAGGAGUGCAAAUAUAAAACAGACGACGGCUCAGCCGACCCAACAGAACGGGAACCAUUAAAGAAUGACACAAAUAGGAAGCACUAUAUUAGGAGUAACAGGCCUGCGGUCAGUCUGGUGGACGCUUGUGAUGUUAAGCCCCAGCCUGUUGACUCCUGGGUCUAAAUGCAUGCAUGGCUUAAAAACAGCAACAGUGUGACACCCCCAGCUAGAAGAGGAUCUGUCACAUCACCACUGCCAUUUCACAGGAGCUCGUCUUUGGAGUCGGACUUUGUACAGCAGAGAGGAUUUCAAACGAUAACGAUCACAACAGCAACUACCCAGCAGCAGCUCAGUCGUGCUCUUCAAAAUGAAAAAAAAAAAAAAAAAAACUGAAAAAGCUUAAAAACAACAAAAACAAGUGACUUCUCUUACUCUUUUUAUCAUAUCUACAUUCCCGGACAUCAUGUGAAUUUUUACAGUGUUUACUGCAACAAGAUGGAGGCUGGUGAAGGAGCGGAAACGUAAGAAGAGGAGGAAGCAAAGUGAAGAGGUGCUGGUGGGAUAUGAACGUGCAAUGAAAGAAAACCUGUGCAUCAAAAUGAUUCCAGUGUUACAAAGUGUUUCUAAUGAUUUUGCUCUUGGUUUAUUUUCACACUUUGACAUCUUGACGUAGACGGGUUUAGACUGGUGUGUUCGAAAGCUCCUGAAUGUUUAGCAAGAUGGACGUAGAGAGACGGAAAGAGAAACGGAGCCUGAGAAAAGUUGUAGCAUUGUAGAGGAACACGAAGCUGUCUGCUCCCAUGAGCUGACGGCUCAUCUGGGCUCACUGCGUUUUUACAAAAAAUAAUUAAAAAGUGCACUGCUUUUAAAUCAGACGUGUGGAACGGCUUGUAAAGUGUGCAGGUUGUGAUCUGAGGAAAAAGCAGGUGACGUGUUGACUCCAUCUGGUGGCGUUUUUGUUCACACGGUGACGAGAGGAAGGUUAAAGAGAAACAGAGCCAGACUGCAGCGUACGGUGGCCUGUAUGAGCCAAAAGGUUACUCGUGUGAACACUCAGGUUGUGUAGUGACGCGGCUCCAUGAGUUUCUGAGCUAGUUGCUGUUUGUUAGCGUUGUGUAUUAAAGAAAUUAUAAAACAUUGUUUAUAGAUGAUUUUUGUUUUAUUCAGUUUUUUUUUAAGUGCUCACUUAGCUCUAAAAGUUGGAUUUUAUAUAAAUGUAUAUUAGAGUAAAAUAAAACAAAGAAGAAAAAAAAAAGAAAAAUGACGGCUGAAACAAAACAAAAAGUCAGAGUUCUUGUAUAUGACAUUGUUUGGAAAGCACAUUUCAUUUGAUAAUGGCUCACCUUGUUUGUAAACAACAAAUAACCACAUGUUUAAUUUCAGUGUGUCAGAUUUUGUCGUCACAGCGAGGUUCACCUAUUUAUAUUUUGUAUUUGCCAGAAAGGUAACGAGAAAAACAAACUGCAUUAUUUUAUUUUUUAAUCAAAAAGGAUGCGUUUCUCUGGUGGGGUCAAAAAGAGGAAACGAGGAACAAAACGAUGACAUUAUUAAUAAAUAUAAAUGUUUUUUUUUCUUUCCUCAUGCAUUUACAGAUUAGUUAAUCACAAACCUGCUGCUGCAUCUUUAAUGAAACUUUUAAGUCGUGAGCAUGAAGAAAAAAAUCUUUACAGAUGUUUAUAUUCUUUCCAAGUGCCAGUUUUCUCGUGGUGUUGUUUAUGAAUAUGAACUAAUUCAUUCGAGUGCAGGAGGAGAGGAGAGGUGCAUCAUGGGUUGUGGUUGGAGCCAAAACGACGGUGGCAGUGUGUACGUUUAAAUAAGGUUGGACUUAUAGCAUCUAUAUUUUUACAGUCGUGUUGGGGUGGGAAGACGAGGUGCAGAAUCCUGGUCCGGUCUGAGCUGGUGUCACUCAUGCGUCUCUCACUUAAGGCGAACGGCAUGUGCCUGCGUUGGAGUCCGAGUUUUUCUUUGUGACGUAUGUGACUUUGUAAAGCUUGCAUAUUUUACACCGUGUUUACAAAGAUGUAUGUUGUGGUUAAAAAUCAACUUACUGUAAAAUAAUUUCAGAUUUCUAAAGGAAAAAAAAGACUAAAAAUGUCAUAGUGCCCACCAUCCCUUCUGUGUGUCCUCACACGUGUGGUUCCAUUGGACAAAGACCCAUGAGGCUGUCUGUUCCUAAAUGCACUACCACAACCAAAGGAUCUGGAGUUGUGUCAUGAAAUCAGAAAAAAAAAAAAAAAGUGGGCUUCUUGGGUUUUUGUGAAUGCGCAGCCCAUCUUACACAGAA